AUGAUCCAGCUAUCCUGGACCGACAUCAAGGACUAUGUCCCCCAGCUCUCCCUCUCGGGCACCGCGAAGGAGUUUGAGGCGUGGAACAACGCUGUGAGGCGGUACUGCUACGGCAAGGGCGCGCUGUCUCAUCUGGACGGCACGGCGCGCGAGCCGUUUCGUAACCCCAAGGCGGCGCAGGGGCACUGGCUCGGCGUCGCGGAGCCGGUCAACACCGAGAUCGAGCCGAGCCUGUUCAACAAGCUUGCCGCGGCCAACGCGGCCGAGCUCGGGGUCACACUCGACCAGUACCUCGCCAGUCCGGACAAGCACGUCACCCUCCCGCCCGACAAGCUCGCGCUGUGGGACCGCUGGGCGACCCAUGAGCGCCUUGCGCGCCUCGCGGUCGCGACCACUGUCAACUUUGAGCCGCGGUACGGCGACUCGCAACCCUCGGCGCACGAGCUGUACUCGCGCGUCUCGGAGCGCUACGUCACGAACCACCUGCAGGGCCAGGGCACUACCAUGUUCUGGUAG